CUCAAAACAAAAAAAACGUUAAGUUGAUUUCAAGAUGUUCCUGCUUGAUGGUGUCCGGAUUUGGACAGGACAUGUUCUUUUUAAACAUUAACAGGGGAAUGCAAUAGAACAAAGGCCAGGGAGGUCUGUUUUUGUUCUAGAGAACAGGAAAUGAGUAGGGCGUGGGUUAGUAAGGGCUCUAAAGCCCUCUCCAAUUAUUUUCAUUUGUUGACAUUUGAAAUUUAUUUACGCUAUGAGACUUCAGUUCCAGUAGGGAGAGCGCUGUGUCGCGUGUUUCGGACACGGACAAACCUGGAUAAUCUAAAACUAAGACUGGGCUCUGGUGGGCUUGACCUACUUUAGGUUAGAGAGACCAGCGAGCAAGAACCUCUACCCUGAACUGGUGACAGAAGUUACUUUGCUACGAGGACGUAAAAGAUUGCCUUUUAACCACAGAACUCCAUUGGAAAGGGUUUUGGAAGACAUAAAGAAAACCAUCAGAAAUGAAGUCAGCAGCCUCAUGGCCUCUUACUGACUAGAGUGGAGUUUUAUUUCUACAGUUUUUUUGGAACGACACUGUGCAUGAUGUCUACUGAGGUCAUCCAUCAGGUUGAGGAGGCCCUUGAUGAGGACGAGAAGAAAAUGCUGCUUUUUUUGUGUCGGGACGUUGCUGCCGAUGUUGCUCCGCUUAACGUCAGGGACCUUCUGGAUAUUUUAAGUGAGCGAGGACUGCUGUCUGCCAUGGGCUUGGCUGAGCUGCUCUACAGAGUGAGGCGGUUUGAUCUGCUCAAGCGGAUCUUCAAGAUAGACAGAAGGGCAGUGGAGGCCCACCUGCUCAGGCACCCUGGCCUUAUUUCAGACUACAGGGUGCUGAUGACAGAAAUUGGUGGCAAUUUGGAAAACUCUGAUUUGUCCUCAUUAUUUUUCCUCAUGAGGGAUUAUCUUGGUCGGAGAAAGGUAGCCAAGGAUAAGAGUUUCCUAGAUCUCGUGAUCGAAUUAGAGAAACUAAAUCUGAUUGCUCCUGAUCAGUUGGAUUUACUAGAAAAAUGCCUGAAGAACAUCCACAGAGUAGACCUGAAGACAAAAAUCCAGAAAUACAAGCAGUCAGCUCAGGGACCUGAAACAAGUUAUACAAAUGCACUCCAGGCAUCAUUCCCAAAUUUGAGUCUUAAGGAUCCUUCAUGUAACUUAAGGCUCCAGAAUGGGAGAAGUAAAGAACAAAGACUCAAUGUGGGACAACUUGACCUUCAAAGAGAAUCAGUGAAGGCGUCCAACCAGGAGUCAGAAGCAUCUCUACCGCGGCACAUUCCAGAGGAGAGAUACAGGAUGCAGAGCAAACCCCUGGGAAUCUGCCUGAUAAUUGAUUGCAUUGGCAACGACGCAGCAUUUCUUCGGGACACCUUUACUUCCCUGGGCUAUGAAGUUCAGUCUUUCUCGUAUCUGAGUGUGGACGGUAUAAUCCGGGUCCUUCGCCGAGUUGCCUGCAUGCCUCAACACCGAGACUACGACAGCUUUGUGUGCAUCCUGGUGAGCCGAGGUGGCUCCCACAGUGUGUUUGGCGUGGAUCGGACACACUCAGGGUUCCCUUUGGAUCGGAUCAGGAGGAUGUUCAUGGGAGACGCAUGCCCUUUUCUCUUAGGGAAGCCAAAGCUCUUUUUUAUUCAGAACUACGUGGAGUCAGAGGACCCGCUGGACAACAGCAGCUUGCUGGAGGUGGAUGGACCAGCAGUCAAAAACCUGGAAUCGAAAGCCAAGCAUCCUGGGUCAUCUACCAUUCACCGAGAAGCUGACUUCCUCUGGAGCCUGUGCCAGGCGAACGUGUCCCUGUUGGAACGGUCCUCCAGCUCUCCGUCAUUGUACCUGCAGUGCCUCUCCCAGAAGCUGGGGAAAGAAAGAAGACGCCCGCUCCUAGAACUCCACAUUGAACUCAACGGCAGUGUGUAUGAUUGGAACAGCAGAGCGUCUGCUAAGGAGAGGUACUAUGUCUGGUUGCAGCACACGCUGAGAAAGAAACUCAUCCUCUCUUGCGAAUGAACAGCCAAAAGCCUUUCCUACUCCCACCGUCUCCACCACUAGGCCAGAAGUAGUUUUCAAGCGAGGGUAUGUGUCAUGUGGGGAACAUGAGGUCUUGG